UCAAAUGCCACGAUUUGCGAUUUUAACUAUUUUUGAGUUGCAUCAAAAUCAGCAGACUGGUGAAUACUACGUAGAGAUUUAUUUACGCAAUAACGAAAAGGGUUGCGCCGAGUUGUUGCAUGUACCAAAUUGUGGCACUCAGUGUCCAUUGGAUAGACUAAUUACGUUAAGCGCAGAUGUGAUACCAAAUGAAUCGUAUGAGGAGCGCUGCAAGGCGAAAAAUCCUGAUUUUGAAGAGCCGCCACCGCGCCCAGUUGAGCGGGAUGUGACUAGCACAAACUAA